AUGGUUUCUGUUACUAGCUGUUUGGCUUCACUAAUGGUUUUUUCGAUUGUACUUAUUUCAGUCGUAUCUGGUAAAAUGGGUAUGACUGUAGCGAAAGUGUCUCAUCAAAAUGAUUUGGCCAUUGAUUUAGUUACAUGCGAUACUGCAAAAGGCUGCAAUCCUUAUUCGGGUGAUACAGAUUGUAAUACAAGAUUACCUGUUCUUUGUAAACAAACCGAUAAAUCACCACGUCCAGCCUAUACAAUGACAUGUACUGACCAUGCAAUGCCAAAAGAGUUCUAUUGUGGUUGGACAAUGGGUUAUAUUGCAACAACUCCAAAAGUUGCAGCUUCUUCAUUUUCAACUAUCAGAGAUGUUGAUGCAUACUGUGAAGAUGCAUUUGGUCCAGGAUGGGUUACAGCUGAAUUUCAUGAUAGUCGUUAUAUUCCAGGAAUGAAUGGUGCAACAUAUGCUAAUGCACAGUGGACACAAUGGGGUGCAAGCCAUGGAAAUAACUAUCCAAGUGGAGGAUGGAGUUAUUAUUCAUAUGGAAAUGUUCGUAAUGAUACACGAUUUUGGAUGGAUAUAAACGAUCAACCAACAACGUUAGCUGCUCUUAUUUCACUUAUUACUGGACUCAGUCCUCGAAUAUUAAGUAGUAUAACAAUUGAUCUUUCUGAUACAGUUCGAUGGAUUUGUAAAAUGCGUGGUUUUACUUUAUUUACAUUUCGUGCAAUUGCAUUUUGGUUGAUUAUGUUAGCAACAAUUGAUCGAUGGCUUUUAUCAUCUAUGGAUGUUCAUCGACGACAUCUGAGUUCAAUUAAAAAUGCUAGACGUGGUAUCAUUGCAGUAACAUUUUUCUCAAUUAUUAUUCAUUGCCAAUGUUUUUAUUGUUAUGAAUCAAAUCUUAUUAAUACUCCAGGCAAAUGUUUUAGUAAUGGAAUGGCAUGUCGAUUAAUAAAUGAUAUGUUAUUUGCUAUUUGUGCUAUUCUUAUACCUUUAGCAAUAAUGACAGUCUUUGGUUUAUUGACUAUUUCAAAUGUACGUCAUUCUCGAAAUCGUAUUUAUCAUUCAACGGCACAUGUAUUAACUGUCAGUCAAUCAAAAUCGACAAAACGAUCGGAUAAAGCUGAUCAUCAUCUGUUAGUAAUGCUUUUUGUACAAGUAAUUCUUCUUGGUCUAUUGACAAUUCCAUUAUCUAUCGAAAAAUUAUAUUCAACAUUUACAUCUGAAGAAGUCAAAUCUAAUCUUCGUGUAGCUAUUGAAAAUAUGCUUUAUAAUUUUGUUCUUCUUCUUACUUAUUUAGCUAAUGGAAUUCCAUUCUAUGUUUAUACUUUAAGUAGUGGAACUGUAUUUCGAAAAGCUUUUUUUGAUUUGAUUAGAUGCUAA